ACCCGGAGAAAUAGCCCCCGGCCCGCCUGGAGGAGCCUCAGUGGCCAGACCAGAAAGCCCGGCUCCGCUUUCCCGGGUAGCACUGCAGCAGCUGGCAGCAGGGAAGGCACCCACGGAGCGGGCGCGCUGGGCGGGACGCGGGAUUCGCAGGCAGAGACCCCAGGCGCCGGCUGAGCUCUGCUGGCGGAGUUGGCGAGUGGCUGGGACUUCUCAGGUGGAAGCCCUGCACUUGGACACUUGACCGGAUGGAGGCCCGCCAGCUUCUGCUCCCAGCAGGUGGACACACUGAGCUCGGUCCCCAGGCAGGGAAGAGGCCGAGAUCAGGCCCCUCUGUGAAGUAAUCCAGCUUCCACAGGCUGAGGAGCUGAGGGAGGGCAAGACGCGAACUGCAGCCGCUGCAGACCCGCCGGGUCCUCCUGAACUUGCUGUUUGUUAAGGCUCUCUUUGCAACUCUCCGAACUGAAGAACAUGUAGGAAAAUGGGACCGACUCCUGGGGGCCCUGAGCCUCAGAACCCCAUUCUUGACCCGCAGAGGCUCACCCUGACUUUGGUGAGCUCAGUCCUCCUUUCUCUUGGCCUCAGCUUUGCCCUGGACGUGUCCUCCCUCUCCAGUCUUACCAAUCGCGUUUGCAGAAGGAAUAAAACAGAGGACCCCCAGGGGUUCCAUCCCUAAGAGAAGCCCUCUGCUCCCCUUCCUGAGCCCCCUGGUCAAGCCCCAGCGAGCCAGUCCGGAAUGAUCCCACUAUGGCCAAGCUCUGGUUCAAAUUCCAGCGGUAUUUCCGCCGGAAACCCGUGCGCUUCUUCACCUUCCUGGCGCUCUACCUGACGGCUGGGAGCCUCGUCUUCCUUCACUCUGGCUUCGUGGGCCAGCCUGCUGUCUCCCAGAACCAAGCCAGCCCUGCCGUGGGAGGCCCCGCCGAGGGCCCUGAGCUGCCUUUCUUGGGUGACCUGCAUCUGGGCAGAGGCUUCCGGGACACAGGCGAAGCCUCGAGCAUCGCCCGCAGGUACGGGCCCUGGUUCAAAGGCAAGGACGGGAGUGAGAGAGCCAAGCUGGGUGACUACGGCGGCGCCUGGAGCCGAGCCCUCAAGGGGAGGGUCAUCCGGGAGAAGGAGGAGGAGCGAGCCAAGUACAUCGGCUGUUACCUGGACGACACCCAGAGCCGGGCCCUGCGAGGCGUGUCCUUUUUUGACUACAAAAAGAUGACCGUCUUCCGUUGCCAGGACAACUGUGCUGAGCGGGGCUACCUGUACGCCGGGCUGGAGUUCGGCGCCGAGUGCUACUGCGGCCACAAGAUCCAGGCGGCGAACGUGAGCGAGGCCGAGUGCGACAUGGAAUGCAAGGGCGAGCGGGGCAGCGUGUGCGGCGGGGCCAACCGCCUCUCGGUCUACCGGCUGCAGCUGGCCCAGGAGUCAGCCCGCAGGUAUGGAAGCGCGGUGUUCCGAGGCUGCUUCCGCAGGCCCGACAACCUCUCCCUGGCCUUGCCCGUGACAGCCGCCAUGCCGAACAUGUCCGUGGACAAGUGCGUGGAUCUCUGCACGGAGAAGGAGUACCCGCUGGCGGCUCUCGCGGGCACCGCCUGCCACUGCGGUUUCCCCACCACACGAUUCCCGCUGCACGAGAGAGAAGACGAGCAGCUCUGUGCCCAGAAGUGCAGUGCCGAGGAGUUUGAGAGCUGUGGGACUCCCAGUUACUUCAUCGUGUACCAGACACAGGUGCAAGACAAUCGCUGCAUGGACAGAAGGUUCCUCCCAGCCAAGUCCAAGCAGCUCAUCGCACUGGCCAGUUUCCCCGGCGCCGGCAACACGUGGGCGCGCCACCUCAUCGAGCUGGCCACCGGCUUCUACACUGGCAGCUACUACUUCGACGGCUCCCUGUACAACAAAGGCUUCAAGGGCGAGCGGGACCACUGGCGCAGCGGCCGGACCAUCUGCAUCAAGACGCACGAGAGCGGCCAGAAGGAGAUCGAGGCCUUCGACGCCGCCAUCCUGCUCAUCCGUAACCCCUACAAGGCGCUCAUGGCCGAGUUCAACCGCAAGUACGGCGGCCACAUCGGCUUCGCCGCCCAUGCGCACUGGAGGGGCAAAGAGUGGCCCGAGUUCGUGCGGAACUACGCCCCCUGGUGGGCCACGCACACGCUGGACUGGCUCAAGUUCGGCAAGCGGGUGCUGGUGGUGCACUUCGAGGACCUGAAGCGGGACCUGUUCGUGCAGCUGGGCCGCAUGGUCCGCCUGCUGGGCGUGGCCGCGCGCGAGGACCGGCUGCUGUGCGUGGAGAGCCAGAAGGACGGCAACUUCAAGCGCUCGGGGCUGCGCAAGCUCGAGUACGACCCCUACACGGCCGACAUGCGCCAGGCCAUCUCCGCCUACAUCAAGAUGGUGGACGCCGCCCUGCGCGGCCGCAACCUCACGGGCGUGCCCGACGACUACCGCCCGAGAUGAUGCGGGCGCCUGCAUGACCGCGGAGGCCCCGGGAAGAGCCGGCGCUGCACCCCUGCCCACGCCCCGCCCCGCCCCGCCGCGGGCUCCGCUGGGCGCCCCUCG